AUGUGUUGUUUAAAGUGUGACACAUUCCCACUUAAAAUUGAAGCAACCGAAGUUGAAAAUGAAGAACAAGAAGACAAUAAGGAAUUUAUUUUAAAUAUGUUGCAAAGAGUUGAUUAUGAAGCAUUAAAAGGUGCCGCAAAGGAUCUUUCUAUUGAAGGUUUACCUGAUAUUUUACCAGAAAAUGUUGGAGAAAAUGAAGCUGCUAUGAAAUCAUUGCAUAAACUUCUUUUGGAAUUGCAAGUUAAGAAUGGAGAUUUGGUUUGUACUAAUCCACAAUGUGGAAGAAGAUAUCCAAUCAAGGAUAGAAUACCGAACAUGGUUUUGAGAGAUGAUGAAGUUAUGGAACUGAAAAAGUAA